GAGCGCCGGGCGCCGGGCUGUCAGUGAGCGUGGGGCCAGCGAGCGAGCCAGCGAUCCAGCCAGCGAUCCAGCCAGCGGCUGCGGCUCCCACUCCGGCUCCGCUCCGCGCACCGCCGGCCCGACUCUCCCCGAUUGCUGCUGCUGCGCCUCCUCGCAGCGACCUCGGCCACCGGCCCUUGCCCCCCGCCCGGGGUCGCUCGCGGCCCCGCCGCCCCUCCUCCGCCCGCCCCCGCCCACCCCGGCCCUCCCGGGCUGCUGCUCCCCGGCGGAGGCAAGAGGUGGUUGGGGGGGACCAUGGCUGACGUUUUCCCGGCCAACGACUCCACGGCGUCUCAGGACGUGGCCAACCGCUUCGCCCGCAAAGGGGCGCUGAGACAGAAGAACGUGCACGAAGUGAAGGACCACAAAUUCAUCGCCCGCUUCUUCAAGCAGCCCACCUUCUGCAGCCACUGCACCGACUUCAUCUGGGGGUUUGGGAAACAAGGCUUCCAGUGCCAAGUUUGCUGUUUUGUGGUACACAAGAGGUGCCAUGAGUUUGUUACUUUUUCAUGCCCGGGUGCAGACAAGGGACCCGACACUGAUGACCCCAGGAGCAAGCACAAGUUUAAAAUCCACACUUAUGGGAGCCCCACCUUCUGUGAUCACUGUGGUUCGCUGCUGUAUGGACUUAUCCACCAAGGGAUGAAAUGUGACACCUGCGACAUGAACGUCCACAAGCAGUGUGUGAUCAACGUCCCCAGCCUCUGUGGGAUGGAUCACACAGAGAAGAGGGGGCGGAUUUACCUGAAGGCAGAGGUCACCGAUGAAAAGCUCCAUGUCACAGUACGAGAUGCAAAAAAUCUAAUCCCUAUGGAUCCCAAUGGGCUCUCUGAUCCUUACGUGAAGCUGAAACUUAUUCCUGAUCCUAAAAAUGAAAGCAAACAGAAAACUAAAACCAUCCGCUCCACACUGAACCCCCAGUGGAAUGAGUCCUUCACAUUCAAACUAAAACCUUCAGACAAAGACCGACGACUGUCCGUAGAAAUCUGGGACUGGGAUCGAACAACAAGGAAUGACUUCAUGGGAUCCCUUUCCUUUGGAGUCUCGGAGCUCAUGAAGAUGCCGGCCAGCGGAUGGUACAAGUUGCUGAACCAAGAAGAAGGUGAGUACUACAACGUGCCCAUUCCAGAAGGGGACGAAGAAGGAAACGUGGAGCUCAGGCAGAAAUUCGAGAAAGCCAAGCUUGGCCCUGCGGGUAACAAAGUGAUCAGUCCUUCUGAAGACAGGAAACAACCUUCCAACAACCUCGACAGAGUGAAGCUCACCGACUUCAAUUUCCUCAUGGUGCUGGGGAAGGGGAGUUUUGGGAAGGUGAUGCUUGCUGACAGGAAGGGAACAGAAGAACUGUAUGCCAUCAAAAUCCUGAAGAAGGACGUGGUGAUUCAGGACGACGACGUGGAGUGCACCAUGGUGGAGAAGCGGGUCCUGGCCCUGCUUGAUAAGCCCCCAUUCCUGACGCAGCUGCACUCCUGCUUCCAGACGGUGGAUCGGCUGUACUUUGUCAUGGAGUACGUCAACGGCGGGGACCUCAUGUACCAUAUUCAGCAAGUAGGAAAAUUUAAGGAGCCACAAGCAGUAUUCUAUGCAGCAGAGAUUUCCAUUGGAUUGUUCUUUCUUCAUAAAAGAGGCAUCAUUUAUAGGGACCUGAAGUUAGAUAAUGUCAUGCUGGAUUCAGAAGGACAUAUCAAAAUCGCUGACUUUGGGAUGUGCAAAGAACACAUGAUGGAUGGAGUCACAACCAGGACCUUCUGUGGGACUCCAGAUUACAUCGCCCCGGAGAUAAUCGCUUACCAGCCAUAUGGGAAGUCCGUGGACUGGUGGGCCUAUGGCGUGCUGCUGUAUGAAAUGCUGGCUGGCCAGCCUCCAUUUGAUGGUGAGGAUGAAGAUGAGCUGUUCCAGUCGAUCAUGGAGCACAACGUCUCCUAUCCCAAGUCCUUGUCCAAAGAGGCCGUCUCUAUCUGCAAAGGGCUGAUGACCAAGCACCCAGCCAAGCGGCUGGGCUGUGGGCCCGAGGGGGAGAGGGACGUGAGAGAGCACGCCUUCUUCCGCAGGAUCGACUGGGAAAAGCUGGAGAACAGGGAGAUCCAGCCGCCCUUCAAGCCCAAAGUGACUUUCUGUACCAAAAUGCACUGGCUUCAGUGGGCAUCCAGGCAUUCGUGUGGCAAAGGAGCAGAAAACUUUGACAAGUUCUUCACACGAGGGCAACCCGUCUUAACACCACCAGAUCAGCUGGUCAUCGCGAACAUAGACCAGUCUGAUUUUGAAGGGUUCUCAUACAUCAAUCCCCAGUUUGUGCACCCAAUCUUGCAAAGUGCGGUAUGAAACUCACCAAUGACAGCAAAUGCCUCCCCAGCCCUCAGCCCUCCCAGCAAUGGGGAACAAUUCUCAACCCUAAAAUUUUAAGGCCAUGGCCUUGUGUCUUAUUCCACACAGAGGCCUGAAAAUUGUAGGGUCAUUAGUCCACAUGGGGUCAACUUUUCAGGGUCUCUCUUACAACCAAGAACAUUAUCUUAGUAAAAGAUGACAUAAUGUACAGUAUCCAGUUUAAUUAUGUAGAUAUCACAUCAGGCUGUAGGUUAACCCUUCCUAGAAAGCAAACAGACUCUUGCCCCUUUUUUGGUACUACUUGAUAUGUUCUCCAUACCCUCCAUCUGUGGAUUUUCACCAUCAGGAUCCCUCAACCAGAGAUAUUCAAGUGAACUACCCAGCCCAGUGUGUUGAAAGCAUCUUUUCCUAAGACGUCUUUGGAAUGAAAGGAUAGGGAGCCCAGAGAGUGAACAAAGAGGGAUCAGGGGUGGUAGAAGCUUCAAGAUACCCACCACUUUUGUUCUCUGCCUUGAUGGAAACAGUCCCUAGAAUCUGAGAGGCCAGGAUGAACCUUAUCAUUGUUCCCAAACGUCAUGACCCAAUUAUGGUCCAGCUGUUUAAAAAAGAAAGACAACCUCAGAUGAGUGUUGGGUGAAUCUAUCAUCCAUUACCCAGUUGGUUGAUAACUGUCUUGAUACUUGCAUUCUUCUUAAGAGGCCAAAUCAUCUAAGGACUUUGCUAAACAAGCAUGUGAAAUCAUGUCAGAUCAAGGAUAAACCAGUGUGUAUGUAUGCUCAUUUUAAUCUCUGGGAGAUUGUUCUUCAAUCCAGGGUGCCAUCAAUAACCAUGCCACUACUCAUGAGUGUUGUUAGCCAACCCCCUCCACCAAUAUUUUGCUACCUAUGUUGUCACCCUUCCUAAGAAGCUGAAGUAUAUGCCCCAUCCCCUUUUGUACUUAUUUAUUUAAUAGGCUGCUGUGUCAUUUAAGAAAGUACGAUGUAUAGUAACUUAAUCAAGACUUGAUUCUAGAAUCAAUCCCUACUUGUUGGUUUUCCUGCCUUCUCUAGCCCUAGACAUUCACUUAGGGAUGAAAACCAAUAUGGUUUGGGUUCCCACUUCCUUUUGAGCGACACACCUGGAGCUAUAGAAUCAGGAUGCCUGGAUGCUUAUCAGCUCAAAGAUGUUUUCUUGCUAGAAGGUUUUUAGUAUGUUUUGCAAAUGCAUCAUGCAAUGGAUUUGCAUGUUUAUAAUAAACCUUAAUAACAAGUGAAUUAUAUUAUUGAUAUAAUCUUAUCAACUAUAAAGAGUAUUACAAUAAUUUUAUAAGACACAAUUGUGCUAUAUUUGUGAAGGGUCAUGUUUCUAAUCUGCUAAUUUUAUGAUUAAGUUUUAGCUGAAUUCUUUGAUGCUGUGCUUCCUCUCCCCUCCCACCCCUGCACAUUGGCACUGUAUCAGAUAUAUUAAUUUUUUAAUAUAGAUCUAAUUUCAAAAAUGAAUGGCUAACUUUACAUGUUUAAUUAGGCUUUUACUAUGUAUGUGUAUAUAUUUAUAUAUAUAUAUAUGUAUGUAUAUUUGAUUCUACCUGCAAACCAAAGUUUUGUUUGUGGGAUUAUUUUUGAGAUGAGACUCUGUCUUAGCUUCCUAAUGUCAUCUUCUGUUCAGGUACUCCCACCACUCUUCCUCUUGGGGAUAGCACAAAAUGUUUGAAUCCAGGAUGUCUAGUAUGUUUGUGUACAUGUGGCAUUAUGGCAUUGUCACAGUACCUGGACUGACUGUGUGUAUGUGUGUGUGUCUGUCUGUCUGUCUGUUUGUCUCUCUGUGUGUGUGUGUGUGUGGUUCUUCCUCUCAGCCUGUGAUUGUUGGAGACUCUGGGCUGGAGGGAGAGGAGGCCCCAUUCUUGCUGCAUAUCUGGCCACAGCAAAGCUGCUCCCCUCAUUUGCUGCCCCACUGUUUGCUUCAGCACAUAUAAAACUUCAUGAGACAAACCAGGUAUCAGCCCCUGAGCACAGCCAUCCCCUGAAGCUACCACCAGACACUUUUCAUAGGCUGCACAUUUUCUUCCAGCUGUUGCUAGAAUUGGCCAUUCAGAUCUUGUGCACCUCUCUGGCUUGACACUCUCCUCAUGCAAGGUCCUCAGGAAAGCCAGCCUUCUGCAGCAUAAAUGACAGGUCAAAUGGAAGUAGGUAUUGGUCUUUAUAGGAAACUGCUGUAUUUCCUCCCCGAAGCAUUUCUCAGCUGAGCGCCCUCAUUUUUACUCUCUGGCUGUUCACACAACAUAUAACCCCUGAGGGUCUUUGAGGUGAGAGGCCUGAGCUCUGUUAGAAACCCUGAUUAGAGGGAGAGAUGAAGUAGGGAGUGGGCUAGACCAUAAAAUAGCAGUUUCUUUUGCCAUCUUUUAUGAAUUCCAGACUUCAAAACUCAGAAGGGUCCUAGCUCACUGAUCCCUGAAGCCCUGCUCAUCAGGGCAUAUUUUGGGACAUGUCCUCAUCAAGGCACCACACUUAGUCCAGUGGAAAAGGAACUGGUUCAUAGAAAGCCUAGGAGAAGACAGGUACAGUGUAAUCCCAGUGACUUGGAAGACUGAGGCAGAAGGAUCACAAUUUUGAGGUCAACCUAAGAAACUUAGCAAGACCCCAUCUCAAAAAGAGCUGGGGAUGUAGCUCAGUGGUAGAGAGCCCUGGGUCCAAUACCCAGUACCAAAAGUUGGGGGAAGCCUAGGAGACAAAUGGAUGGUCUCCCCUGUCCCAGGUGGAAUAGGAACAGGGUUGGUCCCCACCCAAGACAUGGAAAGGAGCACUAGGUCAUGGACCAUCAACCCAGUGUGCCAAGCUGCCUGCUUAUUGUAAGCAAGCAGAAAGCUAGGGCUCUCCCUCAUGUGAUUCUAGCAAUUCCUACUUCUCUAGGAAACAUACUCAAACUCUCAGUGGCCUCUGUCCUUAAGGAAUGUGUGACCAUUUUCAAAGAGAGAACCCUAAGCAUGGUCCAGCAUGCUGCCUAAGGGACAGCAGAUUAGGAAGGACCUGGGGGCAGAAAAUGGUAAAAAUUAGGGCUGAAGCAGAACUCAUGGUGUGGCCUGUUUUGUGUGUGCUGAACCUAGAUAAAGGCCAAUGCUUUCAGGAUCUGAGCAGUCCAGGACAGUGAUUACUGAAAGACUAACUCAUGUGGAUAGCUACUAAUAACUGUUGGGGACUCUAGGAAGAACCUGCCCCUGAGCACUUGCUGGCCUAUAGAGGAGAAUCUAGCACAAAAGAUGUCUCUGCAGGAUCGUCAUGCUGAGACCCCAAAAGGCCAUUCAGAUCGCUUUGCUUUCUCUUCCCUUGGAAGGUGGGCCACUGCUCAGUGGCAGAACUUUCCUGCAGCUGCAGGCCAGUGGGCUGGCAGCCCUGCUUUUGGCACCAUGUCGGAACUGACCCAGUGCUUGGUUUGUGUGGAAGGAGCUGGACUAUGCUGCCAGGUGCAGUCCUCGGAGGUCAAUGGGAGGCCCACCUCCAGGCAGGAACUAAUUCAAAAGGUAGAUGGGAAACCCAGGAACCCAAACGAGUGUACCCCACCGCCUCCUCCUUGGUCCCUGUGGCCUCGUUUGAGCUGUGCAGACUCACUGUCUGCCUUGGCUGAUGGGAUGCAUUAGGCUUUUCUAUGAGGAUUUGCAGUAGAAAAGUAGGUGGUGGAGAGCUCUCUGGAAGCCUGGCCUGAGAUGGUUGGUUGAAAGAUUAUCGUAGACAGAGACUGACACAACCUGGCCAAGGAUGGUCGGUCACCUCAGAGCUAGAGUUCUUAGCCAAGUACGGUGACUUGCCAGAGUGAGGGUGCUGACCCCAAGAAAGUCACCCACUGACGUGACCUGGAGAGAACAGAGGGGUUGCUGGAGGCUGGAGUCGAGUCAGCAAGGGGUUGGGGGAGAGCAGGGUUUGAGGGCCUCGGGGAGGAGGCGUGCUGUUAGAGCAGAAGAGCUGCCGCAGAGGCGUCAGUUCAGACGGGAGUCUCUCUGCUGGUCUCUGAGAGUGUGUUCUUUGCCAGGGACCCAUUUCGUUCCUUCUCAGAAAACAGCCCCUGAGUGCCCAGGACAUCCUCACCAGCCACAAGAGGCCCCUUUCCGCUCGACCUUGGGCCGGCCCAGCUGUCUGAGCAGAGCCAGGCCACGCCAACCCUGGAGACCAGCAGGUUCCGUCCUUCUCCCUCUGUGGCUUCCUACUGAACCUCAUGGCAGCUGAGGCAGCUGACACCACAGCUGCCACCUGCUUCCACUUAGCAGGGGAAACAGGAGGCUUCCUAUUUUUUUUUGUUUUUGUUUUUGUUUUUUGGAGGGGAGGUGUUUUCUCAGUGCUAAAGUGGGGGGAAGUGAGAGUCUUGUGUUUUUGAAACCUCAGGAAGGCAACACCAUCUGACAGUCAUUUUCUCACUUUGCUCUCGUGAAGUUGUCUUUCCCUGGUGUGUGCACAUCACACCGUCUCCAGCUCCUUCAUCACCUCCAAGAGCAGGGCGCUGCUGCCCCUGGGCACGCCAGCCAUGCUCCUGAAAUGGAUGGCGAGCCAGGGGCCGGGAAGGACAAUGGACCAGGAGAGUUGGUGACAGCCAUGGCAGUGAUGAGGGAGGAGAAGGGCACCCUGGUCAUUAGUGGCUACACACAAAUCCGACAAGGAGGGUCAGAAAGAUUUUCCUUUUUUUAAAUCAUUUUCCUCAAGCCGCUUGGGCCAGGGUUUAUGAAAUACACAGGACAGCCCCCAUUCCCAUCGUGUCCCCUUGGGGCCAACACAGAAAAUCUAGGGGAUGCUGUGUAUUUCUGCUGUAGGAAAAAUCUAGGAAAUUGGAAAAGGUUCCCUGAGUUGUACGUGAAUGAGGCAGUCAUCUGGAAACAGAGCCAACUCCAAACCUCUUGAUUCUAUGAUGUCAGGGUUGUUGAGGAAGGACGAAAUUGUUCUGGAUUCUGUCCCUUAUGCCUGCCAUUGGUGUGAUCAGGUGUCAUUUAAGAACUGGAAGUUGCACACAGUCAUCAACAGCCUUACAAUGACCCUACACUAAAGCCCACAAUUUCCAAAGACUUUUUUUAACCUGAAGGAAGAAAUGAAUUUGUUAAUUCCAACAGGAUAACUGAAUAUACUGGGCUCUUUGUACUUUUUUAUAAUGAAUUUUAAUAACUCUUCUUUUAAAAUGAGUUUUUAAAAUAAAGCUACUAACAAUUUCAAAAAAAAUUCCAAUUGGAGUCUGUAGGAAGACUCAACCCAGGUCAGAUAGAGCACCCCUGACCUGCAUUCCCACUGUAGGAUUUUCCCAUGCUGGUGGGUAUGAAGUCUGCAAGUUCAGGUGGAACUUGUGGCAGUCUGAUGCUGUUCUUAAUUGAUACUGGGGACAACUGCCUAAGGUUUAGAUAUUUUUGAACUGUAGGAAAGAUGUCUUAUUGACCCCAUCCAGAUGCAGCCCUGGGAUAUCAUUCCUGGGUUCUCUGUGACCCCUUUGCUUGCUCUUUGAGGCUCAGUGACUAUAUUUUAGCAGGAGCAGGGGGACACUUUCUCAGCUCUAUCCCCAGUCCCCUCUGGUCCCCGGUCUCUCGUGUUUGGUGAAAACUCAGAGAUUCCCUGCAAUGGUUUGCCCAUUGGGCAAUUCAGAAAAACUUUUAUAUCACAAGGAAUAAGAGGCAGCAGCAAAUGUGCCCACUGGCCUAUUUUCACAGUUAUUGCAUCUGUGAAUAGACAGAACCCCACUUUUCACAAAAUAGGUAUCCAGUCCACUUUAUAAGAAUCUCUUUUUCUAAAAUGAAACAAAAGGUGGCUUUGCAUUUUCUGAUUAAACAACCAUGUCUUUGCUUAACUUUAGGAAUAUCAAUGCCUGUGAUUGUAGCUUCUUAUUGAUUUUCUUUCUGGAAGAAUGUGAUUCUCUUCUUGAGGGGUUUUAUUGGACUAAUCCAAACUGUACAUGAAGGCAGUUACUAUUUUGAGGCUAAAGGUUUUCUAAAAAAAAAAUAAUAAUAACCUCAUAUUCUUACUAUUAGGGUCUUUCAGAAUCUUUUAUAGAUGGUCGGAAACAUUUGAAAUUGCUUUUCCUACAUGAUUUGUGUGUGUGCGCGCGUGUGUGAAGGCCAUGCCCUGUGUAAAUCAUUAAUUGAAAAAAACAUUGUCUGAGACCCCAAAUUUGUAGGGAGGAAGAAAUGGAGGUUGAGGGUUUUCCUUCUUCGUUAAGCACCUUCUGACAGAAUACAGAGGCCGUUUGGCUGUUGACUAGCGUUUGGUUCUACCGCAGGUGAAGUGGAUGUAUAAAUUAUUGCAUUGCUCUCCUCGACUCGUAUAACCUCUAAUCUUUGUUUGCAUGACAUGCUUUGUUAGAUACAUUAAUUGUAGUUUGGAAGCAAGUGUGUAUGAAUAAAGGUAAUGAUCAUUCCCUA